CACUAAACGACUAAACUAGACGCCACUCGCUAACGCCACCAACGCCGCUGUCCGUUCUCCGUGCGCGUCGCUUUGUCGCUUCAAAAAGGUCUCGGAAGAGUUGAAUUCGCGCUGUCGUCGUUGUUGUUUCACUGUACGUGUUAAUAAUAUAAAACAAAGUACUUCAAGAUGACGAUGAAAACCUUCGGUGACAAGCCUACCGCCUUCCAACUGGAAGAAGAUGGCGAGUUUUAUUACAUCGGGUCGGAGGUCGGGAACUACCUCCGUAUGUUUCGUGGCUCGCUCUACAAGAAGUACCCGUCACUCUGGCGUCGCCUCGUCACUGUUGACGAGCGAAAGAAGAUCGCAUCUCUGGGUGUGGGCCUGCACAGUUUGGCGACGAACAUUUCCCUCCUCAGAGUAUCUGAGGUGGAUGAGGUUAUAGCAGGAAACGAUGAGAAGUACACGGCGGUACGCGUGAGCGCAGAGCCCCCCGUUGCCAGGGAGACCAAGUCCAAGCGGGGCUCGACGUGGAUGCCGACGUUGCCCAACAGCUCGCACCACCUGGAUGCGGUCCCCUGCUCCACGCCCGUGAACCGCAACAGGAUCGCCCACAAGAAGAUACGCACCUUCCCCUUGCUGUACGACGACUUGGACCCCGCCACCCUGCACGAGAAUUCUGCGCAGCCCGAAGUUCUGGUUCCUAUACGACUGGACAUGGAAAUUGAAGGGCACAAACUGCGUGACACAUUCACCUGGAACAAGAAUGAAUCUCAAAUCACGCCAGAGCAGUUUGCGGAGAUAUUGUGCGACGAUCUGGACCUUCCGCCCCUGUCGUUUGUGCCAGCGAUCUCCCAGUCAAUCCGGACGCAGAUUGAGGCAUUCCCCACCGACAAUCUCCUCGACGAUCAGACGGACCAGAGGGUCAUUAUUAAGCUGAACAUCCACGUGGGCAACAUCUCCCUGGUGGACCAGUUUGAGUGGGACAUGUCCGAGAAGGAGAACAGCCCCGAACAGUUUGCCCUCAAGCUGUGCUCCGAGCUGGGCCUGGGAGGGGAGUUUGUGACGGCCAUCGCCUACAGCAUCCGGGGGCAGCUGUCUUGGCAUCAGCGCACCUACGCCUUCAGUGAGGCCCCACUGCCCACAGUAGAGCUGCCGUUCCGAAGCCAGGCCGAGGCCGACCAGUGGUGCCCCUUCCUGGAGACACUCACCGAUGCCGAGAUGGAGAAGAAGAUUCGAGACCAGGACAGGAACACACGUCGCAUGCGACGUCUCGCCAACACAGCUCCCACCUGGUGAUCGUCUCUUGGAAGCAGCUGGUGUGGCACAGGAACUGCAGCCCCCAAACCAGACUUGUUUUAUAUGCUUUUGUUUCAUAUGGUUUAGCUCUUGUGUACAUACAGCAUAUCCACCAGUGUAUGCAUUGAAAGCUGUUGGCCUCAAGACAGCAAGUCCAUAUUGCAUCAUUCCGUGCAUUUUCCAUACCGUGUAGAGUAUCUCCCCUGCUCGCGGCAGCCGCACGUCGAGGUAUCAUAAGUAAUAAAGCAAAUUUUAAAUGCA